CUGUGGUUCACAGCUGAUAUAAAUAUUUUUAUAGGUUAUUCUGUCUAAUUUAUAAAAACAGUUCAUUGUUACUUAAAUAAUUUUUGUUUUAUAAGUUAUUUGGAGUUUUAAUGCUCCUAAAAUGUUUAAUGUUAUAAGAAAUAGCUUACGCCUCUCAGUUGGUAGCGCCGUCCGGUCGUUUCAAACUGCGGCUCCCUUAGCUACGGAAAGAUUUGAUCACAAACGAAUUCCAGCUGAUGAUGAAGGAGUUCAAGGCGAAAAGAUCGUAGAUUUAGAUGCUGUGUUGAAACAGAAAAGGAAUUUAUUUCCUACAUUGGAAUCAGACAAUGAGUUACAUAAUGGAAUAUUAUACAAAGAUCUGCCAAUCUGCAAUAUCAGAGUGUCACAUAACAACACUAUAUUCACGAUAACUAGUGCUGAUGGCACAGUCAAACUUAUUAGGUCGUGUGGUAUGGAAGGUUUUAAAAACACGAAAAAAGGAACAAAUAUAGCUGCACAAACAACGGCUAUAGCCAUUGCCAACAGAGCUAUUGAUAAAGGAUUUAGAACCAUAAGAGUGAGAGUACAAGGGCUUGGACCGGGUAGACUGUCUGCUGUGAAAGGGUUAACAAUGGCUGGUUUAGAAGUUGUAUCUGUGACUGAUGCUACACAUGUUUCAUGGAACCCUCCAAGACCAAGAAAAGCUAGAAGACUAUAAAACAGAUUUUUUUUUUCUUAUAAAUAUCUAGGAAUAUAUUUAGUAAAUAAAAACAAA